GCCACGGCUCCGCGCCGGGCCUUCCCGCCGCGGCGAGCAGCAGGCAGCGGAGCGCUCCGCCCGCGAUGUCGCGGAGGUCCCGAGCGGUGCUGGCCGUCUCCGUGCUGCUCUCCGCCGCCACCGUGGUGGCCGUGCACAUCCAGCAGCGGCGGGAGCAGGAGAGGCUGCACCGUGGAGUUCUCCAAGAUCUUGAGCGUCAACACCAGAAAAAGGAGAAUAUUCGCCUCCUGGAAGAGCAGAUUGCUUUGACAAAGCAGCUUAUGGAAGAAAGAGACAAGGCCCUGGUUGAAAAAGGGUCCCAGCAGUCAUAGGCACAGCCCUGAGUCCUUAGGGGUUUGAUUAAAGAUGUUUGG